GUAAUAUAGCAGACGACAAGCAGACGAGAUUACACUGUCGGCUGCUUGACAAUAAGAAAAAAAAAAAAUAUUAGUCAUAAGCAGUGCGUGUGUGUUGUACACAACCUCGAUCAGAGGUUGUUGUUUUUUUUUUAAACAAAAAUAUAUUUAUAUUUAGUGUAAUUUUUAUUUGCAUAAGUGUCAUUUGGAGAAAACAGUGGUAAACAUGGAUCCCGAGGCAUUCCUUGAUAUGGCUAAUCAAGUCAUUAAAUUAAAAAUGUUCCCUUACUUCGACAUCGCUAACUGUGUACUUUGCGCGCUGCACGUCAAAGAAGAUUUAGGACCCGGGGCUCAUGCAUUUUCCAGAAAACAUCCUUUAUCAUGUUGGCUUUCCACAAUGUUGGUUGUUUUUGCCAGUGGAAUGCUGUGCAAUGGAUUAUUGGGAGAACCAAUUUUAGCACCAUUAAAAAAUACACAACAAGUUGGUCUUGCUACCAUUGUUUGGUACAUAAUAUUUUACACUCCUUUUGAUAUUGGAUAUAAAAUUGCUAAAUUUUUACCUGUUAAAAUUAUAUGUUCUGCUAUGAAAGAAAUAUACAGGUGUAAAAAAGUUUACGAUGGUGUAUCUCACGCUGGAAAAUUAUAUCCAAAUGCAUAUUUAAUAAUGAUUCUCAUUGGAACGCUCAAAGGAAAUGCUGCUGGUUUCAUCAAAUUAUUUGAGCGUCUUAUUCGAGGAGUUUGGACUCCAACCGCUAUGGAAUUUAUGCAACCUAGUUUUCCUACGAAAGCAUCGCUGGUGGCUUCGAUUAUUUUUGUUUUAGAUAAAAAGACUGACCUUAUUUCUGCACCUCAUGCAUUAGUGUACUUUGGAAUUGUUAUCUUCUUUGUCUACUUUAAGUUGUCAUCAAUUUUAUUGGGAAUUCACGAUCCAUUUGUACCUUUUGAAAAUUUAUGCUGUGCCCUCUUCCUUGGAGGAAUUUGGGAUUCGUUAGCAAAAUUAUUUGGCCGUGGACAAGCCAAAGAUGAAAAAGCCGAUCCCAAAAAAACUAAUUAAUUUGAAAGUCAACAUUUAAUGAAAUGUUUCAACAUAAAGAAAAAAAACCUGAAAAUAAAAUCUAGUCAUCUAUACCUAAAGUGCAAUAAUUUGUAUAUAAAAAACGAUUCUAUCGCAAGAUGAAAAAAAAAACAACAACAUAAGAGGGGUAAUUACUGCUAGCAUAAUAAGACAAUAGUAUUAUACCCAUUGAUCUUGUAUAAUUUUAUAUACAAUAAUCUACAUUAUUUCAUAAUUUUACUUGUAAAAAAACUAAAAACUAAAAAAAAUCCAAAAAACUAAAACUAAGAACCAAAGUAUUCUCUAUAAAGAAAAAUCUCUUGCCCUGUCAAACUUUUAUUAAACUACUAAUCAUUAAAAAAAAAA